UCUGUACACGCGUGCAACAGUAUCCUUUGCCCCCCCCCAAGACCCAAGACGUUGAGGAUGGAUUGGCUCCUCUCAGUCUACACUCUCAGACCUUUGGCAUGGUCGGCUCCAUCCCCCGAAAUCGCCCCCGCUGGGGGGAGGGGUAGGAGGUCGUCGUCCAAUCACCCCGCCUUCAGUCCAUCACAAAGCUUGAUCGAGCUUGACUUCAGUGUGUAUCUCCAGCCGGCAAUGAUCAGAGGCCGCCUGUUGCCAACGCUGCUCGACGCGUGCUGCAGUGGAGAGUCCGGCAUGUUGCUGAAACGCAGGUACCCAUUUUUACUUUCAUCGUUCGUUCCGCCCGCCCGUCCGCUCGCCCAGCGCUGGAGCCGGAGCUGAGGUGGGCAGGCUAGGGCCUCGUCGGGUGCUGAGCACACAUCCCUCCUGCCACGCGCCGUCUUUCCACUCCUCCUCCU